AAAUAUAUCUCUAAAAAAUGCCACGUUUAAAGUGUACAGCUCAGUGGUUUUAGUAUAUUCACAGAUGUGUGUCAUCAUUGCCACAGUUAAUUUUAGAACAUUUAGAGCCUCAAAAAUGUACCCUUACCCUUUAGUUAUCCCUCUUGAUGUUUUCAUUCCCUCCUUCCUCUGCUAAUCUAUGUUGUGUCUGUGGGUUUACUUAUACUGGACGUCUCAUUAAAGAGAAGUAUCUAUCAAUAUGAAAUAUCCUUCUGACUGGCUGUUUCACUUUGUAUAACGUUUUCAGGGCUCACCCUUGCUGCGGCAUGUCUCAGUGUGUCACUUCUUCUAUGGCCGAAGAGUACUGCAUUGUCUGGUGGUCACACACUUUGCUUACCCCUCCGUCAGUUGAUGGACAUUGGGGUAGUUUCCACUUUUUGGCUAUUGUGAAUAAUGCUCCCAUUCACAUUUGUGCACAAGUGCUUGUGUGAACAUCUGCUUUCAUUCUCUUGGGCGUAUACCCAGGAGAGGAAUUGCUAGGUCAAAUAGUAACUGUAUUUUGAACCACUUGGGGAACUGCCAGACUGUUUUCCGACAGGGCUCCCUAUUUUAUUUUGCCCAAACAUGGAAGACUUGCCAUCAUUUAAGGGUAGGUACCUACCCUUACUGUGGGUGAAUGUUUGUAUUAAUAUUUUUUGUAAGUCUUAUUCAGUUGUCUAAUGUUCAUGGAUAGAUAAUUUUUUUGUUUAUCAUUGUUUUUUAUAUAAAAGGUUUUAACUAAACCAUUAUUUGUAUGGUGGUAGGUACCUUUAGGUUACAAGAUGAUUUAUUGGAAGAAAGAACAAAAUGCUAUUUUCAUGAAAUUUUAAGUUACAUGAUAACUAUAUUAGAAUAGCUAUACACAUAUAAGGUUUAUAAGUAAAUAGUCCCAUACUGGAGAUCUAGGUACAAUAAUUUUGUUUGUUUGUUUUUUAUAAAUAGAUAUAAUCAUAAAAUUCCAGGCACGGUGUUCUAAAAACAUGGAGUAGUGGCGUGUUCUUAAUCCUUCAUUUAGUGACAGAUCUCAUGGGAAAAUUCUUAAAAUUACUUUGCCAGUGAAAUUGCAAACAUCCUAAUUUGAGCACAUGUAAAUAUCAGUGGAAGGAGCUUUGGAUCAGGUCAGACUUUUGGUUUUUUGUUCUAUGUCUGGUAGUUAUUCAUGGUAAGGCUUUGGGCAAGUCCCCUAACGUUCUUUAUUUCAGUUCCCAAAUUAGCAUAGUAAAACCUGAGAUAAUUCACAUUAUCAUCACAUAGAAUGAGAGUGGUUAAGUGUGACAUACACAGACCACAGGAAGUUAGUCAUUUGUGCAUCUUGGGCAACCUUGCAGUCUUCUUAGGCAAAAUAUCUAUGUUCCUUGGUCUUUGCCUUUGUUGGGUCUUCCCCUUCUCACCCCACCCAUUUGUCAUAAUUGCUUUCUGUCCUUCCCUGGUGUUCUUUUGACAGCAGACUUUCAAAAUUAAGGGUCACUUUCGAAGGUCAAGUUGGUCAGGGAGGAGUCCCUGGGAUGCCACCGCCACUGUUGCAAUGUAGCCCUGUCACCUUCCGGGAGCUCUUCAUGUUAGAACACAGAGUUCGUCAUGUGUCGUUCAGUGGCGGUAACCUUGUAGCUGUCAGAAAAUGGCAGUUUGCUCUGAUUCCUGGCCGCUUUGUGGAAGCCGUGGAGCCGCUUGACUGGGCAUCUUAAUGGUUUCUGUUUGAUAAGCUGUCUGCCCCCUCCCCACAGCUGACAUUCGGGUGAGUUCAAGGCCCUAAUCCAGUAGUACAGUGGAACUCACACCACCCUGAGCUCGGAAAGAUGGUGUCACAGUCUACAGGCCGACACGAUUCUCCAGUGGACUCAUGGGACAGGGACAACAAUGACCCUGGUGACACUGAUGUUUCCCCCAGCCUCCUGGACACUGACCAGCCUCCUUGCCACUCAGACGUCAGAUUCAUAAGGCACAAAGCUGCCUGGAUUAACCCCCAGUGUGAGCAGCAACAGUCUCAGGAUUCGCCCCCUCGGGUGCCAACAGUGAGGAAGAGUGGGAACCACUUUGGAGAGGACACCGCCUUGCCCCUCAACCCCUCACCAUUGUUUCUCGGGGACUCCAUGGUGGAGACAUCACUGUCAAAGGAUACUGCAGACUCUGCCCAGGGCUCAGGGGACAAGAGCAGCGACCUCUCUUUUACCUCAGCGGAAGAGCAGGCGGAGUUCCUAGGACACUCUCCUCGGAUGUCUUUGUUGACAAGCUCCUCUCCUUGUCCUGAAGUGGACCGUGCUUUUCUGCAGCCUUCCCAACUGACAGCUUCCACGGAUGAAGGUGCCGUUCAAGUCAGCAGAAGAACCACUUCUUUGAAUUCCUUCUCUCCGGAGGCAUUCCUGCUCCCUGUCGAUGUUGAAAAGGAAAAUGCCCACUUCUAUGUUGCAGAUAUGAUUAUAGCAGCAAUGGAGAAAAUUAAGUGUACGAUCCUGAGUCAACAGCACACAGAGCCUUGGGGUGUGGAAGAAGCCAGUGGGGUGCUCGGGAAUGACCAAGCUGACUCCGAAGUCACGUUUUAUACCAACACAAAGCAAGAAUCUGGGUCUUCCAAUUCUUCUGACAGCGGCUAUGAAGGUUAUGCUGUGUUACAGGGCAGCCCAGUGGCCGGAACGCCCACGCACUCUGAUGUGCUGAAAGAAGCCUGUAAAUGUGACUUUGAGGACUUUGUUAUCAUAGAACUUGGUGAGUUUAGCAAUAUCACAGAAACCUGUGGGUGUUCCUGCAGCUCCUCAAAGAGUGUCAUUUAUGAGCCAGACUUCAAUUCUGCUGAGCUAAUAGCCAAGGAGCUGUACCGAGCAUUCCAGAAGAGCUGGUUGUUGUCAGACGUUAAUCAGCAGCCUGCAGGCCCUCUAAAUGCAGCUGGCUCGGUAGUAGUGAAUGAAGAGCGCGUCCGGAAAGACUUUGAAUCCAGUGUGGACGUCGUUCAGGAAAUUACCCUUAAGUCGAGGAUCCGAGGGGCUGAAGACUGGGAGCCCCCCAGAUUUCAAAUCGUAGUUAAUGUUCACCCAUCACUGAAGAAGGAACUCGUGGUAGCAACCCAGAAUUUUUUGUGUGCUGGCUGUGGAACUCCAAUAGAACCUAAGUUUGUGAAGCGGCUCCGGUACUGUGACUACCUGGGCAAGUACUUCUGUGACUGCUGCCACGUCUACGCAGAGAGCUGCAUCCCUGCGCGGAUCCUGACCACGUGGGACUUCAGGAAGUACUACGUCAGCAAUUUCUCCAAACGGCUGCUGGACGGUCUAGGGCCCCAGCCUGUUUUCAAUUUGCUGAGCAUCGGCCACGGCCUGUAUGCCAAGGUCAAGGAACUGGACAGAGUGAGGGAAACCCGGGAACAACUUUUUCAUAUCAAGAAGCUGUUGAAGACCUGCAGAUUUGCUGAAAGCGCGCUAAAGGAGUUCGAGCAGGUGCCGAGGCACCUGACUGAUGAGCUCCACCUGUUCUCCCUGGAGGAUCUGGUCAGGGUCAAGAAACGGCUGCUGGUGCCCUUGCUCAAGGACAUUCUAAAAGCUUCCCUCGCGCAUGUGGCCAGCUGUGAGCUGUGUCAAGGAAAGGGCUUCAUCUGUGAAUUUUGCCAGAGUACAGCCGUCAUCUUCCCCUUUCAGACUGAGACGUGUAGAAGAUGUGCAGGGUGCAGAGCGUGCUUUCACAAGCAGUGUUUCCGGUCCUCCGAGUGCCCCCGGUGCGCGCGGAUCACAGCUCGGAGGAGACUUUGGCAAAGUUUACCUUCUGCAGCAACAUGAUGCCUGAGUAUUUUGGGAAAGACUGUUCAACAUGCCUUAGAACACCGAUUCCUGUCUAUCAUUGAUCAGAUUGUUGCAGAUGUUGAGUACUGUAUAUUAAGGGAAAAAAGUGGCCAAUAUUGUUUUUUAUUAUAUAUAUUUAAUGUUUUAAAAAGAAUGCACUUUUUUGGGUUAUUAAGCAUAGGUUUAUUACUGGUGGUUUUGUUUACAAAUGUUCAGUGUUUUUGCUGCUGCUGUUUUUUUUUUUAUGAGUUUUUUUAUUCUUCAAUCGUAUUUGAGCGGUUGUAUGUAGCUGAUAUUGGAGCCUAUUUUUGUAUGAAUUGUAACUGACAAGACAAAUGACUCCGUUUGUCUUUCUCUCAAGCUUAUUUUGUGGAAUGGAUUGGUACUCUCAGUGAACAAAAAUGCAGCCAACAAUCUGUCUACUCCCGGGUUUUUUCCCACUUAAGUGCCGUUUCGUAAUUAUAUCCGUUUUGUAAUCGUGUUCUAGAUUUUCCUUACUCUAGGGUGGGUAGAGAGAGUACACGUUACUUCCGCAGGUGCACCCAUUUCAAGACGAGCUGGAGUUGCUCAGCGGUGCCUGGAGCUGCUGUCUGAAGCAGGCACCUGUAUGUCGCGCCCUUAGAGAUGCACAGACCUGCGCGGCACUUGUCAUCUCUCUUCCGCACACUGAGUCAGGGGUGCGCGGCUGGGUAGAACUUCAUCCCUGCCCUUUAGGAUUUUGUCUCAUCAGUAUAAAACUGAACAUAAGGUAUUUACAGACUUAAAUCGUGGGAAACUACUGUUAAUGAACAAUGUGAUUUUAGUAAUAAUAAAAUCAUAGACAUCAAUUAAAAAGGCGAGGCAAAUCGCUAAA